AUGACGCCACAAGAGCUGUGCACACAACGUUCUGGCGAUUCUGUUAGUGCGGAGAAGUCGCCGGACGCAUGCAAAACUGAUGACCGAAAAACCCCUUGGCGAUCAGUCUACGUUGCGGCGCUUUGUUCUUUCAUUCAGUCGCUACAGUAUGGCUUGUUCUUCUCAUCACUGUGGCCAUACUUGAAGAGUUUAGAUUCUACUGUGAACGAGGCAUUUUUCGGAUACGUGGUUGCAGUGUACAGCCUAGGCCAAUGCUUGGCUUCACCAAUAUUUGGUUACUGGAGUAAUCGCAUCAAACAGAUACGCUCGCCUACAAUAUUCGGACUGAAUAUGAUGCUACUUGGUAAUCUGAUCUACUUGGUUAUGGACAUUCUUCCAUCCGGUUAUCGAUACGCAAUGGCUGUUUCCAGAAUGUUGAUUGGGAUCGGAUCGAGUAACGGCGUACUGCUACGAGCAUAUGCAUCUACAGCAUCGAUAUCACCUGAUCGAUCUCGGGCUAUCGGAUGUGUGGCUGCUGGAAUAGCUGUAGGUCUAGUUAUUGGUCCAGGAUUGCAAGCGUUAUUCACCCCUCUGGGUACUGAGGGAGUUCAUGUACUGCUUGGUUGGUCGUUGACAAUGUACAAAGCACCUGCGCUAUUAGCAGCAAUUGUCAACGUUUGCGGUAUUUUGCUGAUGUUCUUUGCAUUUGACGAACAGUACGCCGGGCUCAAAGAAGACGAUGAAUCAGCUCCACUUCCACCUGCAGAUCUCAUUGCAGUGGCUAUCUGUGUCGUCACUCGUUUUACACAGCUGUCUGCGUCAGCGAACAUCGAAACGUUAGGGUCUGCCUACUCGAUGUUGAUGUUUGAUCUAUCAGCGCCAGAAGCAGUCAGUGUCAACUCCAUAUCCCAAGCGGUACAAGGCAUAGCAGCUGCUGUCAUACUUCUGCCAUUUCUUUUUUCAGACAUCGGCAAGCGUUUGAGGCAACGUACCGUGAACAUAGCAUGCAUUCUCGGCUUUCUUGCAUUCCAGUUAAUUACUUAUCCAUGGGAUUUUGGGGGUCCUCACGUAACAGCACACCGAGAAAACUCACCUGCCGGUGGUUGUGAUGCAAAUCGCUUCUCAUGGUGUUCAACUAUGCCUAGGAUUAACAUAUGGUUAUAUUAUAGCUCACUCUGUUUGAUAUUCGAAGCAACUUUUGCGUUCAGCAACGUCGUUUUACCGACGCUUUACUCGAAAAUAAUAGGGCCCCGGAGACAGGGUACUAUGCAGGGCAUUUUCCAAAUGUCUGGUUCUGUGGCACGUAUGACAAUACCUAUACUUUUGAACUUUGUAUACACGUACUCAGGACCGAAAGGAGUAUGGCAGGUGGAGAUUACACUUCUUUCGCUGACACUUGUCUUGUGGUUUAUGUUUCUGCCUCGAUUAGUUCCGUUAGAGAAACUGUCACGUCCUGAGAAAGUCGUUAUACCGAAGGAAAUUGCUUGA